CUCACCCUACCUUCUUCUCCUACUACAAACACCGCUAAUAAUGGCGGCGGCAGUGACGACCACGGCGGUGCUGUGGCGGAUUCGGCUCGGCUCGGCUCUGCGAGCGGCUUUCGCUUGUAGCUUAAUUGGCGGGGUCAUGAUGUUCGGACCGGCGUCAGUGAGGCAGUUACUGUCAUUUCCGGCUUUCUCUUACUUCACAACCAUUUCAAUUGUACUAACGGACGCCGUUUCUAUUGGCGACGCCGUUAGGGGUGUGUGGCACGUGAUGUGGGCGGUGGUGUCAGUGUUGGUUUUGUCUGUGCCUUGCUUGUAUUUGGUCGGACCGGAGCGGUUCACCGGUGGGUUGUCUGCGGCGGUGGCUGUGGCAAUUAGUGCGUUUGUGGUGGCGCUUCCGAUGAGAACCCAUGUGCUGACUAAGCGAAUCGCGUUUGGACAGCUGGUGAUUGUGUACGUUGGGACGGUGGUUCACGGCGGUCAGACGAGUUUCUUUAUGCACCCAAUUCGUGUUGCGUCCAGUACGGCUGCCGGAGCUCUCGCCGCCGUCGUUGCUAUGGUGUUGCCGUACCCUCGGCUCGCUUCCUUUCAGAUAAGGAAACUUAGUAGAGCUUAUUGUGAGAAUGGGUGCGAGAGGAUGGGGGCCAUGGUGGAAGGGUUCGGCGCCAAGACCAAAGCAGAGGCGGCUGCGUCAAUGGCCGAAGCCAAGGCCCUAUCCACCACCGGAACUAAGCUGCUUCGAUCCAUCCAACCAAAUCUGGGAGGGAUGAUUUGGGAGCGGCAACAGAAGGAGAUUGCAGAAAAGUUGGAAGGAUUCGAGGUUGCUCUGAGAGGAAUGGAAGCCGCCUUAACUUCCCCUUCCAUUGCGAUCGGAGCAAUGGACGAACAACUCUGCAAUUCGCUCAACGAUCUCAAACCCAAAGCCACUUUAAAGCUACAGAGUUUCAAGAUUUCCUUUCCUCCGAAUGCCACAACCGCGCCGGAGACGAAGCCGCCAUUCUCAACCCCUCCGCCUCUCAACGUUUCUCUCAUUACCCCUCAGAUUCUUCCGCCUUCGUUUUUCUUGCGUUGUAUGGAACUUCUUCACUAUGGCUCAACUGCCGCCGCCGCCACCCGGAAUCUUGUCUCCGAUGUGGAAAUCGAUCGGAAAGCCAACGGGAUAGAAGUAACCGAGUUGAGAGACGGCGGUACAGAAAAUACUCGUUGGGGCAUUUUGUCGAACAUCUUGCCUACAAAGCAAAGUUUGUGUUUUGCGCUGAAAUGCUCAAUUACUUUGGGGCUUGCCGUGUUUCUGGGUCUGACUUAUACAAAGUCGAAUGGGUAUUGGUCAGGAUUGACGGUUGCCAUCAGCCUUGCAACAGAGAGACAAGCCGUAUUUACUGUUGCAAACGCUCGAGCUCAAGGGACAGCAAUGGGGUCAAUCUAUGGCGUUCUGUGCUGUUUUAUUUUGAGAAAACUUGAGUAUUUAUGGCUAUUACCUCUUCUCCCUUGGGUUGUUUUUUCCAGCUUUCUAGUUCAUAGUAGAAUGUAUGGUCCAGCCGGUGCGACUUCCUCAGCAUUAGGGGCAUUGCUAGUUCUUGGGAGGAAGAAUUAUGGCAUUCCAUCUGAGUUUGCUAAUGCUAGAAUCACAGAAGCUUGCAUUGGAUUGAUCUGUUUCUUAACAAUGGAGCUUAUCUUCAACCCAACAAGAGCAGCAACUUUAGCUAAAACAGAGUUCUCAAGGAGUUUGGAGGCUCUUCAAGAGUACAUCAAAAGGGUAAUCCUUAUUCCUCAAAAGAACAUCAAUUUCAGUUCACUGAUAGAACAUCACAAAACUCUGAAAUCCCAUGUUAGUCAAUUAGAGAAGUUCAUUGCUGAAGCUAGGUUUGAGCCUAAUUUCUGGUUCACACCUUUCCAAAGUGGCUGCUAUGAUAAUCUUCUGAAAUCCCUGCAGAAAAUAGUGAAUAUCUUACAUUUUCUACCGCAUGAAGUGAAUCUUCUCUGUUUAGAACUUAAUAGAUCUGGGGUUGUUGGGAAGGAGGUUCAUGAUAGUUUAAGUGAAGACAUGGAUGCUUUCUGCAAAAAAGUUGGAUGUUCACUGAAUUUCAUGGAGAAACUGAGCAUGAUGAAGGAAUUACAAAACACAAACAAGAACCAGUGUUCUGAAAUGGAGAUGGGGAAGAUGAUUCCAAAUGAUGGAUGCAGAGCUCUUGCUCUAGUUGAAGAAGAUGUUGAGAAGAUUAUGGGUUCUUUCUGCCAACAUGCAAAUGAAAUACUGACCAAAGCUUACACAAAUGAAGAAGGUGAAGCAAAUCAGAGAGGGCAAAUGACACUUUGUUUGAGUUCAAUUGGGUUUUGUAUGGAGUGUUUGAUGAGAGAAACAAUGGCGAUGGAGAAGGAAGUUCAUCAGCUGCUGAAACUGGAGAAUCCAUCAUUUCAUAUCAACCUGCAAGAACUCUCAACAAAAGUGAAUGCUCAUCACUGUAAAUGAUAUAUUUAUAUUGAUAUACUGAAUUUGCUUUGCAGCCAUCAGACAAAGUUUAUAGUCUGAGCAAAGGCAAGAGAUGCUACUACUAGGCUACUAUAUGUAAGUUCAUAUAAUAAACAUUGAUUCAAUAAAAACAUUAUUCUUAAAUCAAAUCCGACUUGUUUUUUUAGU